AUGGGCCCCUGUACCGCCUCCUCAUGCUGCUGCCAGGCCCGUAAUCUGCCAUGGGCCCCCGUACCGACUCCUCAUGCUGCUGCCAGGCCCGUAAUCUGUCAUGGGCCCCUGUACCGCCUCCUCAUGCUGCUGCCAGGUCCAGAGUGUGUCAUGGGUCCCUGUACGGCCUCCCAUUGCUGCUGUCUCCAUCGCCACACUCUGCCAUGUGCCACUUUCAGGUCUCCUCACACUGCUGGUGGGUUCCAAUUUUGUCAUAGGGUGCUGGCCGAUUACGGGCCUCCCAUUGCUGCUGCCAGGCCUGUAAUCUGCCAUGGGCCCCCGUACCGACUCCUCAUGCUGCUGCCAGGCCCGUAAUCUGUCAUGGGCCCCAGUACCGCCUCCUCAUGCUGCUGCCAGU